AAAAUGUCUACUCAAUUUUUUUUGAAAUUAAGUCAAAAUUUUAUUGAAUUAUUGGAGGAUGAUGAAUAUUAUGAUAUUACGAUUGAAGUUGGUGAAGAUCCUUAUGUGAAAAUAUUCCGUGCUCAUAUGAGCAUUUUGUGUUACCGUUCUUCUUAUUUUAGAGAAAUAAUAGCUUCGAAAAAUAAAAAGAAUAGAAAUUAUAAUGACUUGUUUCAUAUUAAAUUACAAAGUAUAUCACCAGAAAUCUUUCAAAUAAUUUUAAAGUAUAUUUAUGGUGGAAUUUUUUCAUUGAACGAAAAUAUUACUUUGCAACCAACAAAGAUAUCGGAAGUUGCUGAAUUAUUUCAACUUCAAGAAUUAGUUGAUCAUUUACAAAAACAUAUUAUCGAAAAUAAACCUGAAUGGACGAAAGAACAUUUUGAACUUACUAAUCAAACAAGUAUUCAAUCUAAUAAUUUAUUGGAUAACGUUAAUUCUCCUGAGAAUAUAUUUAAUUCACCUGAAUUCGUCUCACUUCCAGAAGAAUCUUUAGUUUCUAUUAUUAAGAGAGAUGAUCUGCAAAUGAAAGAAUCUGAAGUUUGGAAAUGUGUAUUAAAAUGGGGUCUUGAACAAAAUCCUACUCUAAAUCCAGAUCCUGAUACUUGGUCAGAUAACGAUUUCAAUGUAAUGAAAAAUACUUUACAAAAUUGUUUACCUUUAAUUAGAUUUUUUAGUUUAUCAUCUAAAGAAUUCUUUCGUGAUGUUGAUCCAUACAAAAAGCUUUUAAGUCAUCAACUUUAUAAAGAUUUAUUAAAUUCUUAUAUUGAUUCUGAAAGUGAACCAAAUGAUGAUAAUAUAUCACUUCCUAAAAGUAUUAAAAUUGAUGGAAUUAUUGAUUCAAAAAUCGUUAAUUUGAAUAUUAUUUCCAUGAUUUCAAGAUGGGUUGAUAAAGUGGAUGUUAAUAAUAAUUUUUCAUAUUUAAGAGAAAUGUAUUUUCCAUACAAAUUUAAAUUGUUAUUAAGAGGAAGUCAAGAUGGUUUUACUCCUAUAAAAUUUCAUGAAUUAUGUGAUGAUAAACCUAAUACUAUAAUUUUUAUUAAAGUCAAAGGAUCUGAAGAAAUUUUAGGUGGAUAUAAUCCUUCAAUAUGGAAAUAUUAUGGUGAUUGGACUCAAUCUUUAGAUAGUUUUAUAUUUUCUUUUAAAGAUAAUAUUAAAAAUUCAACAUUAAGUUAUGUAAAAAAUACGGAUAAAGCAUUAUAUUUUUCUGAUUUAUGUGGUCCUUCAUUUGGUUCCUCUGAUCUUAAAUUAUCUGUUACUAUUCGAUAUGGUGUAAAAUCAUCAAAUCCUUACGAUCUUAAUAUAUGUUCUUUAUUUUUUAAUAAUUUUCAAUGUAAUUUAAUAAAAUAA